AUGGCAGGCUGCGCGGCGCGGGCUCCGCCGGGCUCCGAGGCGCGCCUCAGCCUCGCCACUUUCCUGCUGGGCGCCUCGGUGCUCGCGCUGCCGCUGCUCACGCGCGCCGGCCUGCAGGGCCGCACCGGGCUGGCGCUGUACGUGGCCGGGCUCAACGCAUUGCUGCUGCUGCUCUACCGGCCGCCGCGCUACCAGAUAGCCAUCCGAGCCUGUUUCCUUGGCUUUGUGUUUGGCUGUGGAGUGCUGCUAAGUUUUAGCCAGUCUUCCUGGAAUCACUUUGGCUGGUAUAUGUGCUCCCUGUCAUUGUUCCACUAUUCUGAAUAUUUAGUCACAGCAGUCAAUAACCCCAAGAGCCUGUCCUUGGAUUCCUUUCUCCUGAAUCACAGUCUGGAGUACACAGUCGCAGCUCUUUCUUCUUGGAUAGAGUUCACACUUGAGAAUAUCUUCUGGCCAGAACUGAAGCAGAUCACCUGGAUCAGUGCCACGGGGCUGCUGAUGGUGGUGUUUGGAGAGUGUCUGAGGAAAGCGGCAAUGUUCACAGCUGGUUCCAAUUUCAACCAUGUGGUGCAGAAUGAAAAGUCGGAAACCCAUACUCUGGUGACCAGCGGAGUAUACGCUUGGUUCCGGCAUCCGUCCUACGUCGGGUGGUUUUACUGGAGUAUUGGAACCCAGGUGAUGCUGUGUAACCCCAUCUGCGGGGUGAGUUACGCUCUGACAGUGUGGCGGUUCUUCCGUGACCGGACAGAGGAGGAAGAAAUCUCGCUGAUCCACUUUUUCGGAGAGGAGUACCUGGAGUAUAAGAAGCGGGUGCCCACAGGCCUGCCUUUCAUAAAAGGGGUCAAGGUGGAGCUAUGACAGGCCCAGGGUGGGCCCAGGCCAGGCUAGGGGCCCUCCAGCUCCUUGCAGCCUGGGGACAGAACUGCCUCCUGUCGACCACUCUACAGAAUGGAUUUUCUUAAUCAUUUUCUAUGUCAUCAAUUACUCUUCUGGAAUAUCACUCAAAAUCAAAUGGUCAGAAGGCCUUAGGACCAAAGGAACCCCCCCCGCCACCUCCCCUACUCCCCACCACCCUGGAGCAGCCUGCUCUUGGGCUGAAUCAAGGUAGGAUAUAGAUUAAAGGUGGACAAGAAGCAAAUAACAGCAAUACCCAGCAGCGCCCCCCAGACGUGCCUGGGGAGUGCCUAGGCCACACUUCAGCCCUCCACGAGGCCGGGGGUGUUGAGUUAUAACCAAGACCCCUGGGGAGAGAGGUGACCUCCCCCCUCACAUGAGUGAGGCGCCUGCCACAGGAAGGGGCGCACAGGCUUAUCUGUGUUAGAGACAUGUUCAGAAUCCUCACUUUAACCGAAAAACACAGCACAGCUUUAACCUCCUUAUUUCUGUCCUUACAUGCGUGAGCUUCUCUACAGUUUAAGACGCUUCCUUUGGUUCCUCACAUAUCUCAUCCUGUUGACUUACCUAUUUUUUAAAAAUAGCAGUAUAAACUCAAAGUGGACUUAACACAGUGUAUGAGCCUCACCCUUUAUUCGGCAGAAAGGCAGCAUGGAUGCCCCCAAUGACCUGGCUGAGGCUUCAGGUUACCAAGGCUUUCCGUGCCAGGGAGACUGUGGGCCCCUGUGGCUUUCCUAGGGUCCCGGCGCCUGCUCUCCUUCCAGAAGGGCCUGGCGCUACCAGUGACAGGCAUGUCAGAGAUGUGCCAUUCGCCCUUUAUCCAGGAAACGCUUCUGGACACCUGCUUUGUGCAAGGCAUUGUUAAACGUUGAGAAAUACUGCUCUCCGUUUAUUUGGGGGUUAUUCUUAUUUUACCAUAGCUUAUAUUUUUGUGUUUUGACUUAAAUGUAUUAACCAUUGAUUCCUAUGGUCUGUUCUCAAACUACCAUCAUCCCUAAUGCCAUUUCAGACUGUCUUCCUAAGGGGUUUGAGCAUAAGCAGCUAUAAAAUUCCAGCAAGUCGACUCAUGAGAAAAAUAGAGCUGAGAUUUAGUCACUACUUUCGUUUUUCAGGUUUGGGGAGAGUGGUUGGCUUUACGAGUCAGACAUAUGAGCUCAGAGGCGCUUGUUGAAUUCUGGAUUAGAGAGAGGAACUUGGUCUCAGUGUGACUUCUGUCCAUGAAGCCCUGCGGUGGCGCCCUUGGAGCGUGGAUCGAAGCCAGCAUCAGCACCUGGCUGGAGCACUGCUACACCACACCACCUGGCUUUCAAGGAGUCACUAAACCUUUCCGUGCCUAGACCUCCCCAUCUGUAGAAUGGGUCCAUACCACCUACCUCACAGGGGUGUUGUGAAGACUUAGAAGAACAGUGUCAAAUGUUUUUAACACUUUGGUGAGAGAGAUGACAAAACCAGUACUGUGUGAGGUACACACAACUGGACAUUGGAGUCACUGUACCAGAUACCGGAAACGUGUGUUCAAAAAAGCAUCUUACCAACUCAAAAUGCUAUUUAUUUCUAGAUUUCCUGGCCGAAUUAGUGUUUUCAUGAUUUUAUAUACCAAAGAGGUGUACGGGUUCGUCGGCAAGAGGUGUGACACUUGCUGGAGGGAGGACCCGACCGGCUCCAGUCUUGGCCUCCUGAGGUCUUGCCCGCCGAUAGCCCGGGUGGCAGCCUCAAGGCGGUAGGUUCCUCUGGCGGUAAUGCUGCCUGGUGGGAUGUCAAAUGCACUUAGUGUGUGUGGGGAUUGAAUCAGUCCUAAACUUGUUCCCCACGCCACACUCAGCAAAGUCAACCCACUUAGUAGGACUGCAGGAUGGAGGCGGGUGUGGCUGCAGCUUUGGCAGUGGCCCCCACUCUCCGAGGCAAAGUUCUUGCUGCGCUAGCCAGAUAGGAGCCAGCUUUCCUCGACACUGGGGGCCGUGAGGCUGUCUAGCACACAGAGAGCCGCUAAUAAUGCCUGGCUUUAUGGACUGUAAGACUGAAGGCUCUGGCCUCUGACGGUCUGUCCCUCCUCCGCCUGCCUGCCAGGCCGGGGGCUCAGGAGGCCAGCCCUGGGGUCCCAGGGAGACGAUGCUGUCACACUGCCCACCCGGGCUUGACAAGAUGUUCUGCCCUGCUUUGUCCCCCAGGGCGGAAAUUAGCAAUUACUUAGGGAUCAGAGAUGAACCGCUUUGGGACAGGCUUUGGCAAGCGAUCGACGUUCAUCUAGCACUGAGAUCUUCAGGUUAUUUUUAACUUCGUAAAUUUAGCAGUGCCAGCGUGCAGGGAGGAGAAUCAGGUUAAUGAGGUACAGGCUUUUCGGGUAUUCCCGAAAGCUUUUCUUUGGGUAAGGGCCACAUCGCCAGUUCCCUCCAAUUAAGAAACCGUCAGGAGACUUCUUUUUCCAUCGCAGGUUUCAAAGCGGAGACUCUGAAAUGGAAGAGAGGCACCGCAUAGAACAAAGUUGUUUUGAAGCAGUGUAAAACAAAAUACUUUAUGGGAGUUUGCAGGCUGAGGCCAAGAAUGCUGGUUUAUGGAAAAGAAGUUGUGGGGCGAACCUGACAGAAGGCAGCAUACCCCACCUUUUCAUGGUCAUGGGCCGUUUUGUACACCUAAAAAGUAAACUCUCUUAAUCCCUUUAACUUUCUAACUCUGGUUGGUUAUCAUGAUGGGGAAACGUCCUUGAACCCAGGGGUUGCGUUAAUAGUAGCGUCUCCUUUUGGUAGCAGCCCCUCCAUGAUGGGAAUGGUGACUCGCUGGCCCUUCUCUGCACUUUCUUAACUGCCUUAGAUAGUUGUGCUCUCUCUCCGCUCUGCAUUUUGCUUCUGUAGCGACUUAGCAAGGCCAGGCCACCCCCAGCCUGUCUGGCUGUGGGGGCGGUGGUGGUGGGGAGACUUGCUGUCAGUCUGCCCUCCUGGGCUCGCUCCUGUGGGUCUGUCCCAUAGCUAAGCUAGGAGAGUAACCUUACAGAGUAAUUGCUCUUCUUUUUACAUGCAGAAAUGUUUAUUUAAAUAUUGGAUUUUCUUUCACAGAUACUGAUGAUUUCCAAUUCUUAAA